AUGUCGCUCUUGUCUUCCCUUCUCAACCCUGUUCCCGGGUUUCCCGAGUACACCGGCGCCUACAGGGUCGGCACUGUAGAUGUCGAAAUUCCCAUAUCGAAGCUGCCAGCCGGCAAAAAACCCGAAGGUGCCGCAGACGUUCACACAGUUCUAUUCAGAAUAUUUUACCCGACGGUAGCUGAGGCUCAGGGAAAAUACAUCAGUUGGCUUCCCGCGCCUCAAAGGCUUCACAUAGAGGCCUAUGCCCAGUUUCUGGGCCUCGGCUCGAAAACUGCCUCUGUUCUCUCAUUUCUACCCCGACAUCUUCACUGGACCACCAUCCCAGCCAUCAAGAAUGCUCCUUUGCUGUCUCCCCCAGCUGAGCAUUCCAGCUCAAGAUGGCCAACCAUGAUAUUUUCACACGGCCUAGGAGGUAACCGCAAUGCCUACAGCCAUCUCGCCGGCUCCCUAGCCUCCCACGGAGUAGUCGUCAUCUGCCCCGAACAUCGCGACCAGAGCGCAGCUCUCACCCUCAUCCGCGACCCCCAAACGCCCAAAAAGGCCACCCCCCUCGCCUACCUACGAAUCCCGCACAACCAAACCCCUGAGAUCUGGGCCCAGCGCGACUCCCAACUCCGCAUCCGCCUCUGGGAACUCGAUAUGAUCUUUGAAGCCAUCCUCGCCAUCGACCGCAACGACAACAAAGUCAUCGCCUCCAACCUCAACACCAGCACCCCUGUUUCGGCCCUCUUUGCCUUGCACAACAAACUCGACAUCUUGGACCCCGGCAAAGUGAUCUUUGCGGGCCACUCGUUUGGUUCCUCGACCAUGGUCCAGUUCCUCAAAUCAGUCUUUUAUUCGUCCCAUCCUGCUCUGCAGUCUUUUGAGGACGGCAGGUUAUUCACCCCGCGGCCUGGCUCGGCUAUCAUGUCACAAAUCAACGGUUUGAACCCGGCUGUCUUGCUGGAUAUGUGGUGUUUCCCUCUUUUAUCGGCCGCGUCCGACAAGCUGUAUCGUCUCCCGCUGCCGUGCUAUUCUGUGUCUCAAGAACAGCAAAAGAUGUCGAAGAUUCUCGCGGUGGAAUCAGAUCAGUUUUUCAAAUGGGGGACGCACCUGCACCGCACGGCGAAGGUUUUGUCUGCUGAUCCGACCGCGGAGGUUGUGAAGGAGUCGCCUGACCACCCGGCGCCGUAUUUGUUUUAUAUAGAGAAAUCUGCACAUUUGAGUCAGUCGGAUUUUGCGGUUUUGUUUCCUUGGUUGACGAAAAAGGCUUUCGGGUCGGAGACGCCCGAGGCGGUGUUGAGUUUGAAUGUGAGGGCUGCGGUGCAGUUUUUGAGGGGGAAUGGGGUUGUGGUUGGGGAGUCGAGGUUGGAGAGGGAGAGGGGGGAUGUGCUGCGGAGGGGGGUGGAGGUGGCGAAGUGGAAAUGGGUUGAUGUGGUAGGGAUGGGGAGGAGGGUGUAUCCGAGUGAGAUUGAGAUGAGGAGGGAGGAGAGGGGUGAGGAGGAGGUGGAGGAGUCGAGGAGGGAGGAGAAGGGGAUGGGUGGGGAGAUGGAGCCUGGGGUUGGGGAAGAGGAUAAAAUGAAGGAGAAUGGGGUCACGGGUGGGGAGAGGUUGUAG